AUGGAUAACGAAGUAUUAGCACAAAUUGUUCAUACAUUGGAUACCAUACAUAAUCGUUUUGUCUUAAAUGAAACAAGAAUUAAAGCUCAAGAAUAUUGUAAUUCAAUUAAAGAACAUCCACUUUCGCCGAUUUAUGGAAGGCAUUUAGCACAUAUCGAAAAUAAUCAAUCUAAUGCAGUACGUCAUUUUGGGUUACAAUUAUUAGAACACGCAAUUGAAUUUAAAUGGAAUGAUGGAACUUAUAAUGAUGAUGAAAAACAACAAAUCAAGCAAGCUGUUAUUCAGUUAAUAGAAGAGGUACUUAGAUCAAUUCAGAACGAUAUCUUGAGAGAACAAUCCUUCAUUAAAAGUAAGGCUGCAAAAAUAUUUGCCGGUAUAGCUAAAAAAGAAUGGCCGUUAAGAUGGGGUGAUAUGGAUCAAUUAUUACAAGGGUUUUAUAACAAAAGUGUAGGCUCUCUUAUGUCACCUCCGACCACACAAGAAAUUACGUUAUUGAUACAUAGUUAUUUGGCAGAAGAAACUGAGAUUCGUGAUUCAUUACAAUGCGUAAUCGUAAGUUCAAAUGUGUUGAGAAUUCAAUAUCCUAAUGGGGUAAAAAGCGAAGGAGGGCAACAAAAUUCAGGAAAAGUCACCAUUAUGUUUGGUGAUGAUCCAAAUAAUGAGGGAUGGUUAAUUAGGUGGAUAAGAAGUUUAGAACAAACCGUUGGAGAAUGGCAACGUCAGAAACAAUUGCAAGAUCCAAGUCCACAAAUAAUUAUAAUACAGGAAAAAUUAUCAACUGCUAUUUUAAAUACUUUGGCUACUACUUUGGAUUGGAUCCUUACAAGAUCAAUUGUAGAGUCAAACGUUGUGCCGAUUCUUUGUAAUUGUUUGUUAAUUGAUUGCUAUGAAAUAAGAAUGAAAGCGAUCGAGUGUCUUGUAAUAAUUUUUUCACGAAAUUUAGGAGCAGAAGAUCGCGCAAUAGUUCUUGAACCGAUAUUUGAAGGGACGUGUCUGAAUUUAUUAUAUAACGCAUAUAAUAAAAUACAACCUUCGGGACAGGAAGUAUUAAUAGAUGAUGACGAAUAUUUGUAUGUGAAAAGGUUUGCCGAGGCAAUAGCUGAAUUGGGAGAGAAACACAUUUGUCAUAAAAAUAAUUCAGUAAUUCCGACACAUUUUUCAAAUGAACAAAAAGGAUUGCCAUUAAUGUUGUUGGAAUUAUUUGCCAAAAGAUUGUCGAAUGCAUCCCAAUCUUCAGAGCCCGUCGAUAGUAUUGCGAUGCAUUAUAAUGACCUUGAUUUUGACUCACUGAAAGAUCGUCGAAUUUUUGAUCAAUCAUUACGCUUUAAAAUUGUUGAGCUUAUUAAAAGUGUUGCUUUAUUGCAACCAAUUGAAAUUUUUAGCUGGAUGGUUAAUAGGAUACAAGUUUCAUUCAAUGUAAUACCUAGUAAUGUAGAUUUAGAUGUUGAUGGAGUACUAAAACUUGAUUCUAGAUUUUAUGUAAUAUUUGAAGCUGAAAUGACCUUAAUGGAAUCAAUUGUUAUUGGGUUAGGAAAAUUAAUUAAACAACUAACUGACGAGGAGAUUGAGAAUGUUAAUAAUAAUGAUAAAUUAUUAUUGAGGGAACAGAUUAUUAAUGGAUUGAAUAAUUUAUUACAAAUGUUAUUGGGAAUUGAAUAUGAGGAUUUAUCAAUGAUACACAGAUAUUUAGCAGCAUUAGCAGCAUUCGAAGAAAUUUUACAGAUUGAUUCAAAUUUAUUAUUUCAAGUUUUACAGAAGAUGUUUAAAUUUGCGGUAUUUUGUCCACCAGGAUAUAGUAUUUCGUCGAAUUCUUCAUUGCCUCCGACAAUAACGAGAUUAAGGGUCGGAGCUCUUACUGCUUUGAUUAGAUUUGGAGUUGUUAUGCCUGAUGUUUUAAUGCAUGUUAAUGAGAUAAUUAGAAGUGAUAAACGUUUAGUUACCGGAAGAGAGAAAGGCCAUUUUCAAGAACUUUUAUUAUCAAUUAUAUACUUCUCUAAAGUUCCAUUCGAGCAAAAGCAGCCAUUAUUUGAUUCGAUUAUUGGACCGGUUAUUAGUGAAUAUAAUUCUCCGGGUUUAGUUGGUUGCAUCGAAUCAAUUCAAGGAUUCAUGGAUAGUAUUGGUCUGAGCUUUUUAGUUACAGUUGUUGAUGAAAUGAAACAACGUGGGGUAAUUAAUUUAAAAAGUCCGGUAUCUGAGAGCGAUUUCCCGGUAUUUAAUAAAUUUAAAUCUAAAAGGAAUAAAAUAGCUUGGUUAUUAAUUGUUACGUUGACUUGGUUAAGAAGAACCACGGACUUUUCAGCCAAGAAGAGAAAUGAUACGGCAAUGAAUGAGUCAUUGAAGUUAUGGCAACCAUAUAUCCCUGUUAUGUUAACGUUCAUACUAGGUUUUAUAAGGAGGUUACAUCAAGUUUGGAAUGUUGAAACAUGGAGAGAAGUUCCUAUAGAAUUACAUUCUAUCUUAUUAUUCUCCAAAGAAGAAAAGGCUAAGGCCAUAGACAUGCAACAAAAAGUUAUAAUGUUAGAUUCACAACAUUCAAUUAAUGGAAUGAUUGAUACUAUUAAAAAAUGGCUUGUAGGUGUCAGAAUUGAUAGUUAUUACAUACUUGGCCGAUUGCCAGUCAUUGGCCCUGAUUUCUACAAAGUAUUACCAAACAUUACUGAAUCAUUAACCCAGUCUUUAUUUGAGAAUGCCGAUUUUAUUAAUAAUAUUCAUUGGAAAAUGUUAUUAAAUAUCCUUGAUUCUUCUAAAAAAGAGCCCUCAAUGCUUUCAGGUCUCUUACCACAAUUACUUAAAUAUAUUGAUGAGAAAUUAUUAACAGAAUGGAAUGCCUUAACAAUAAAAGGUGUACAUAUUUCUACUUUAGAAGAAACAAAGGCAUUUGAAGAAAGUUCAUUAGAUAUAUAUAGUGAUGAAUUUGAAGAAAUCUUUGAUGAAAGGAUCCUUAAAGAAUUAACGAGAGCUUAUUUGGAUGUCGUGGAGCCUAUAUUUGAAAGUGCUGGAAAGAAAGUUGGAGGAGCUGAGACUUCAGAAGGUGGCGCAGCUGUUGAAAACGAUAAAUUAAAAGAAUAUGUGUUAGAUUACAUUCCUAUAGCAGAACCCUUAUUGACGAGUUUAUGUCAUCUAAUGACAUACAAGGAUUCGGUAUCAUGUGUUCGAGCAGUACAAUUAUGUGCAAGAAUAUUACCAAAUCUAAUUAAACGAGAAGGAUUAAGAGAAUUUGUCGGAAAAGGAUUAUUAACUUCAGCUUUGCAUGCAUUGAAUGAUGGAUAUCACAAAGAAUUUCAUCCUGUCAUAGUAUCUUUAAUAACAGAUAUUUAUAUUGAAUUAAGGCCUCUUUCCUCUGUACCUUUUGAAACCUUUUCUAGUUUAUUGAAUAUGAAUUAUGAAAAGUUACAGAAAUUUGAAAUUGAAUUAAGUCAAGCAGCCGAAUCCAAAAAGCGAAAAGUUGUUGUAAAGAAAUUUUUAGAAGGAAUAACUGGAGUUUCAAAGGGUGAAUGGUUUAAAAUACCUACGUCAAAAAACCAAAAUACAAGUUCAAAGAAACAACUUGUAGGGAAUUAUGUAAAACCUAAAAUAGGUGUAUUAGAUGUUGUAGAUGAUCCAGAACAAGUUGGUUUGACCGAUUUAUUUGAUUAG